AUGUCCGGGGUCCGGCGCUCCAACUCGUCGGGCAUCGGCAAGCUGUUCCUAAACGGCAAGUACUCGGAUCUCAUCAUACGGUGCCAGGGCACCGAUUUCCGGGUCCACAGGGCCAUCGUCUGCCCGCAGUGCCCCUUCUUGGACGCGGCCUGCAGUUCAGGGUUUCGGGAGGAAUAUGAGGGUGUCAUUGAGCUGCCAGAGGACCGUCCAGAUGUAGUGCAAAAAUUCCUCGAGUUCUUAUACACCGAGGACGUAUCAGACCCCGGCUUUCUAGAAAGCUCACCAACGUCUCCCGCCUCGCGGUCGAGUCCGCGCCUGGGGUUCCAGCUUGCCAUCGCGGGCCUACCCGCCGACGAGCACCACCACCAGGAACAGCAAGGAUCAACAGGGCACCACCACAACUACCACCCCACACACCAGCAACGCUCUACAAUGAGCCAACAACGACAAGACGCGGGAAGCCACUACGCGGCCAGCGGCCCCUCGGCGGCCCCUCGCAGCGACGCUAUCGAGAGCCUGUACCUGUACAUGCGGCUGUACGCCAUGGCGGAUAAGUACGACGUGCCGGCGCUGGCGGACCUGGCGGCGGGCCGGUGGGAGCGCGCGGCGCGCGGCGGGUGGCGCGGCGUGGCCGACUGGGGCGCCGACCCGCGCGUGGCCGACGUGCUGCUGGAGCUGUUCGACUCGACCCCGCCCUCGUGGGCCAUCGCUGACACGUCGGCCUCGUCGCACGAGGACAGGCUGCGGGGCCUGGCGCGCGACCUCGUCGCCUCGUGCUACCCCGCCGCUCGCCAGAACGUCCGCCCCGUCAUGAUGGCGCACCCCGAGCUCGCCGUCGGGGUGCUGGACCGGGUGCUGGGCAUCACCGACGAGCCCCCGGACAUGGGGUUUCUACCCCCCCUGAGGCUGGAUUCUGGGUCGAUGACGAAAAUGGGUUUUCUGUUUCGUUUAGCGCUCGGGCCAAGCGCCAGCGCCAGCCCACCGUUGUGGCUGCCCGCCCCAGGCAGUAACCGCGGCUUCUGCUACGAUGAAAACCAGCAGUUGACGGUAAACUUUGACGACGGCGGUGACCUGACGUCGCCGCUCUUUGAUCUCUCGUCUUUCCCGCAUCAAUUUGAAGACUCCGCCUGCGCACCUCUUUUACCAGACCUCUCCAACCCGACCAUCGACUUCCUCGACCAGGCCCUCUGGGACUCGGCCACUGUCACGUUGGAUCCUACGACCGUCUUCGCCUCGGUCCCGCCUGUUCCCGCCCUAGCUCUGCAAAGUCCCGACUCCUUCGGCGAUGUGGAGACGACGCCUUCCCUUGCGUCGAGCGUCUCUUCUCUGAGCCCGAAGGAGCCCCUUGGUGACCAUCUUUUGUUCGGCGACCUUGUCGUCGCGCCCUCGCCUGCUCGCAAUGCCUCUUCCAGCCCCGCCGCCGUCGCCGAGAAGCCACGCGCGUCCUCUUCCAAGACAAGUAAGAAUAAGAAGAUGCCCCCGGCGCCCGCCAUGUCCGUCUUCUCCGUGAACGCGUCGUCGGGCGGCGGCCGGAAGCGGUCGCGGGAGCAGUCCACGGCCGACGAGGACGAGGACGACGUCGCGCUGGCGGACAAGCGCCGGCGCAACAACGCGGCGGCCGCAAAGUACCGCCAGAAGAAACUCGACCGCAUCUCGGAGCUCGAGGAGGUCGUCGCCGACGUCUCCAAGGAAAGGGACGAGCUGAAGCUGCAGCUGGCCAGGAGGGACGAGGAGAUUAGGAUCCUGAGGGAGAUGCUCAUAGCCAAGAAGUAG